AUGUAUUUACUUGAUAUUCAAAGAACUGCUACAGAAUAUAUUGCUGAACACCUUCGGAGCCAAAAGUUUUCCGUUAGCUUAUCAACUUGGGUAGCAGGGCAACUUUACAUAGUCGCAGAUAGCCCCAAAACGAUCUGUGAAGCACUGCCUACCUCACACAGUCUUGCUGUGAAGCAAUGUCUUCGCAUCACAGAAGCAGAAUGUGAAGCCGUCGAAGGUUCACUGUUCCAAUCUCUUAGCCCUGCUUGGGUGAGGAUCAGGCACAGCCCACACAGGGGCUACAUAGGCAAAGUAGAGUCCCAGACAGAGAGUUCUGUCAAGGUCUUGGUUCCUCCAUUGGGCUUCCCCUAUUCAAUGCCUCAGGGAACUCAAGCGCUGCUCGAUCGAUCUCGCUUUCCGACCAAUAAGGCUGUUUCUGAUAUCAUUCGUAAUGGUGAAGUAGUAGGAUGGACAUAUGAAGGACAAAGCUACUACAUGGGUCUCUUACUGAAAGACUUCCACCACAAUAACCUCAAACUUCUUGCCUCCCCUCACAUCGACGACAUUCGACUCCAUCUCCAAUCUGGAUGGGACAAACCGUUUCUGAAGAAAACUGUGGUCUUGUUUUUGAUGCAAUUUUUGCGCAUGGGCGACUGGGCCAGGGUCAUUGAAGGCCCUCUUCAUGGAGAGUCAGGUCAGGUUAUCUUGACAGACCAUACAGUUGGUUCCGCAAGUCUGAAAUUUGCAUUUGAUAGAUGUCCAGAACAAAUAGAGGUUCGUUUCGAAGGCAUAGAACAAGUAUUUCGGGUCGGCGACACCAUCAAAGUUGUAGCUGGUCCAUAUUUUGGAUUAGAAGGGCACAUCAUUCAAAUGCAGGAAGAAAUAUUUGACAUCUGUCAAAAUAUCUCUAACAAGCAGUCCGACUCCAUCGAAAUUGGGGACCACAUAGAAGUGCUGAAUGGCAAGCACAUGGGGAAACACAGCAUUGUGGAGUGGUAUUGCAAGGGAUCGACUAAUCUAUGGUUCCAGGAUAUCCUCACUGAGGAUGGCAGAGAGUCCAGCUCUGGACUUGCCAGUAUUUCAGUUCCUGUAGCAAUGUACACAAAGGACAAGGGUUAUGAUGUGAGGCCUGGAGACGUUGUGACUGUUGCCCGUGGACCGGAGUAUCAGGCAAAAGGGGUUGUGCACAGCGUUGAUAUUCCAAACACUUGUUUGACCAUACUAUGUAGUGGUGACCAAUCGCUUCUCUGUGUCCCAAUCAGAUUUGUGACCAAGAUACGCAAUGCCUUCUUGGAUUUGUUUCAGAACGAUAUUGGCCAUGAAGUAUUCAUUAUUAGUGGCAAUCAGAAAGGCUAUCGAGCCACACUUUACUCUAUUUCCUUUGAGACCUGCUCUGUUGCUGUGCAUGGGCAGCAGCGCAUCGAACUCAAACUGUAUGAAGUCGCUACCAGGUAUGGAAUGAGACUCAAUGGUGCGAUGCUCGAAGGCCCAGAGUUAGCCUCAUUCUGUGAAAUGAGGAGGCGAUCAUACUUGGCACUGCCGCCUCGAUCCACUACCCCACCCGUCAAACAAGAACAAAAUCCUUCCAGCUCGUUGGUCUCUCUCACAGGUCCCAGUCCAUCACCAUUCAAUGAAUGGUCUACCUGGUCCGCAAGCUCUGAGGUUGAUAAGACACAUGACUCUACAUUGAGUAUCAAUCCCACCUCGUCGAUACAAGACCCCUGGACCGUUGAUGCCCAGGACACUGAAGCAGAGAACUCCCAAGACAGUGGCCCACUGCCUUGGUUGAUGUCGAAAGAAUUUUCAUUGAAAUUCUUCACAUACCAUGUACUAUUGAAGGUGUCGCUGAACUUCCUCCACAGUAGGCUAUACAAACAGUUUGUAUCAAUGGCUUGUCCUGACCCGUUCUGUGGUGAGAAUGGACCUGCACUGGAGGGUCAUGUUGCUGUAUUCUGUACAUCCAAUAGCACAGGCGCUGCAAUCGAACACUAUCAUAUCCCUGCCAGCGAUCUGAGCCCGGCUCAUCCACACAAGAAAAACCAACAGUGCCUUCUUCUGGGUGGGGUUCAUUGUGGAGCUCUUGGAACUAUUGUGAAUUGUUGGACCAAGAAAAAGGCUGUUGACCUUAGGAUUAGUGCAACUGUUACCAUAAAUGUGGGUUUUAAUCAGUUGUGUCUGGUGGAACCUGCAAAACAUAUGAAGUGA